CGAUGUGAGAAAGUGAACAAGGUGCCGCCUUUAAACUCACAAGCCGGAAGAGAUUUCUGGUAGUUUAUCUGUGUCUGUGAGAAAUGCAGGUAAAACUUGUAUCCAGACAAGAAACUGGUGUCGUUUUUAAGUGUCAGAAGAUCUACAAGCUCUCACCACUGAACUGAGCAUGACUGAACCUGUUAAUUCAGGUCAUGUCGUGUUUGAACGCUUUGCGUUGGCUCAGACAUGCAAAGAGGUGCAGCAGAAAUUCGGUGAGUUAUGUCACCAUCUAGAGCUGGACGCCCAGGACUACCGCCACUUUUACAGUAAGCUGAAGGAGAGGCUGAACUACUGGAAAGCAAAAGAACUCUGGCAGAAGAUUGACAAGAGGGCAGCACACCCAGACUAUGAGCAGGGCAAAUCCUGUGCCAAUACAAAGUGUUUAGUUCUGGGAGCAGGCCCAUGCGGCUUAAGGACAGCAGUAGAGUUAGCUCUGCUAGGUGCACAGGUAGUCUUGUUGGAAAAGAGAACAUCAUUCUCCAGGAAUAAUGUCCUGCAUCUGUGGCCAUAUACCAUCCGAGACUUACGUAAUCUUGGCGCAAAGAAGUUCUAUGGCAAAUUCUGCUCAGGUUCUCUCGACCACAUUAGUAUCCGGCAAUUGCAGUUGAUUUUGCUGAAGCUGGCUCUGCUUUUGGGGGUUGAGGUUCACACUGGAGUGACCUAUAAUGGUUUGGUUGAACCUCAAGCAUCAGGAACAGGCUGGAGAGCUUUGUUGCAUCCCGAGUCUCACCCUGCUUCUUCCUAUCAGUUUGACGUUUUCAUUUCAGCUGGAGGAGGAAGAUUUGUACCUGAUGGGUUUAAGAGAAAAGAGCUGAGAGGGAAGCUGGCCAUCGGUAUCACGGCUAACUUCAUUAACCACUUCACCACAGCCGAGGCUCAGGUGCCAGAGAUCAGCGGCGUAGCACGGAUUUACAACCAGAAAUUCUUUCAGCAGCUUCAAACAGAGAUGGGUAUUGAUCUGGAGAACAUAGUCUACUAUAAAGAUGACACUCACUACUUUGUCAUGACUGCCAAGAAAAACAGUCUACUGAAGAAGGGGGUCAUCAAGGAAGACCACUCUAACGUGGAGCAGCUGUUAGCCCCUGCAAACGUUGACAGUAAAGCUUUACUGAACUAUGCAUAUGAGGCUGCCUCAUUUUCCACAGGCCACAAACUUCCUAACCUCGAAUUCGUAAAGAAUUACAAGGGAGAAGCCGACGUAGCCAUGUUCGACUUCACCUGCAUGCACCGUGCCGAGAACUCCUGCAUGGUGAUGGAGCGCAGAGGCAAGAAACUCCUCAUUGGUCUGGUGGGAGACUGCCUGGUGGAGCCCUUUUGGCCCUUGGGGACGGGAAUUGCACGAGGGUUCCUGGCUGCUUUUGACACUGCGUGGAUGGUGAGGAGUUGGGGAAAAGGAAAGCCACAUAUACAGGUUCUUGCAGAGAGGGAAAGUGUGUAUCAGUUACUAUCACAGACCACACCUGAGAACACGAGCAAGAACUACUCUGCCUACAGCAUUAAUCCCAGCACCCGUUACCCCAAUGUGAACAUGUCCUCCAUGAAACCUACACAAGUACAGCAUCUGUAUAAUUUUGAGGACUACUUGGAUAGCAACAAAUCCAGCCAAAAGGAAAAAGUUUCAUUAUGUAAUAAAUAUCAAGCUUCCCUGCGACGUGUGGUGGACCUGCUGAACUGGUGUCAGAAACACACAGCCUGGUGUGAUAGGGUCAAGGUGAAAGACCUGAGUCACUCAUGGAGAUCUGGCCUGGCACUCUGCGCCCUGAUCCAGCACUUCAGACCCAAACUCAUAGACGUGUCCACUCUGGAUGAAAAUAAUGCCGCAUACAACAACCAGAUGGCCUUCGACAUUCUCCAGAAGGAGUUUGGCAUCACACCCAUCAUGUCUGCCAGUGACAUUGCCUCUAGCAAGGAGAUUGAUCAACUGUCUAUGGUGCUCUACCUCACUCAGGUCCACAAUGCCUUCACUCAGGCUCCCAAGCCAGCAGAGCAAGCAAGCUGGAAGUCUCUUUCCUUAGCUAAAACCCGCUCCGCCGUCUUUUUCCUGAACAAGCUGAAGCACAACUCUCUCCAGAGACGCAAGGAGCGUCUGGCUGCUAAGAGAGAAGAAAAGGAACAAGAUAUGAGGGAGGAAGAGAAAAAGACAGGCCUCAUGUCCACAGCGCCUGUGGCAGACGUAGGAAGCAGCGAGCUGUGUUACUUCUGCAAUCAGCAGCUCUACGUGCUGGAGAGGGGCAGCGCUGAGGGCAAGUUCUUCCACCGCAGCUGCUUCACAUGCCAGCAAUGUGGCACCACACUGCGCCAGGGAGGAUACACCUUUCACUCCGACACAGGGAGGUUUUUUUGUGAGCAGCAUUCUGAGCCAGAGGAGGAGAAGAAAGAGAAGAAAAAAACAGAGCAAUCAGAUCAAUCUGCAGGUGCAGAGGAUCUUAACAGGCCACAGGACGGAGACAGUGAGCAAAUCGAGGAACAAAAUGGGAAAAAUGAAGCGAGUCAAAACGAGCACAGGGAAGAGAGUGUGUUUAAUGUGACUCCUCGGAUCUUUCGUUCUAUAAAGAGAAAAGGCUCCUAUAAAAUAUCUAUAGAUCCAGACUGUGAUGAAACCACAGAGUCUAAUAUGUACACAGAGCAAGAGGACCAGCUGGUAUUGAGUUGUGCCAAAGAUGUUGUGACCAAUAUGUCUGGCAUGCCUACAGAAUUGGGGCCAGUAAGCCAGACACAGCCAAAGGACAAAGAUGUCCAAAAAAGUGAGGUGUCUUCCUGUCCUGUUGCUAUCCCUGUGCCAGUGCCAGCACCACGCGGUUCCCGAGUGCCUGUCCCUAAACCCCGCACCAUCCAUAACGUAGUGUCCUUGCCCACUGAAACCGAGGCGAACCGAGAUCCGAACCCAGACCUCAGUGGCUUCACAUCAGAGGCAAUCACAGCUCCAGAAAAUGACAAGGACUCUGAAACUCCUUACACUCAGACUGAAAACGGCCUGAAAAUGGACAGUGAAUCCAAACCCAAGCUAUCGCUUAAGAAACUCCAGUUGACAGCCGAGGAAAAAACGGAGCUCAUAAACUUUACCUUCAGCCAGGACUCGGACUCAGAGACCCCGGCGUCCUCGUCGUCUACAUCCUCAUCUUCCAGGCCACAGGACAGAGGAGGAGUGGAAGAGGAGGGUUACUCGAGUGGGGGUGCAUCAUGGGGUCACAUUCGACAGAAAAGGCUUCGCCGGGGUUUGAGAAGGAAAGAAGAGGUUCAGAAAGAGUGUCAAUUUCACCCGGGAAGAGUCAGAUCCAAGUUCUCCCCCUGGAACCUGUCCUCACCACGGCUACAGCAUCGCUUCAGUGUGCUGCAGAUCCAUCCUUCAGCAAUCUGUCAGGAGGAUUCAGAUGAUGAGGUCAAUGGUGAUGAUGAUGAUGAAGAAGAAGAUGAUGAAGAGAAUGAAGAGGAUUUUACUCUGGAGAAUUUCACGGAUAGCCAGGCUGUACCAGUGAACCUGUCCAAAGCAGAGAAACAGGAGCUGAUGAAGAUGAGGACUCUGGAGCGAAGAGCCAAGAUGAGCGAACUCCAGCGCUUGCGUAAAGCUCAGUCUAUCCAGAGGAGGCUGGAGGAGAUUGAAGUGACAUUUAAAGACCUGGAGGAGAAGGGAGUAGUGCUAGAGAGAUCACUCAGAGGAGAAGCUGGCUCUGAUGCCUCAACAGUCAUGAUUGACCAGUGGAUUGACUUGGUCCAGCAGAAGAAUGCUCUGGUUUCAGAGGAAUCUGAUCUCAUGGUGGCAUCUCGACAGCUGGAACUGGAGGACAAGCAGAGCAUGCUGGAGCUGGAGCUACGUCGCUAUAUGGAGAUAGAAGAUUCUGAGAAGACUGCAGAGCAACGGGCAGAUGAGGAACAAAUCCUGCAGCAGAUGCUGGAGGUGGUGGACAUGAGAAAUUCUCUUGUGGCCUUCCUGGAGGAGAAGAGACUUAAAGAGGUGGAGGAGGAACAGCUGUGCUCCUCACUGGUGGAGAACAAAAGACUAUCUACUGCUGGAGCUCAGGUACACUGGGCGUGAAAGAACAAACGCACGUACUCACAUAGAGACUCUUGCCACCACGUUCGGCCCUUCAGCUUUUACAUCACAAACCAAAGACUUAAAAGCGUACGAGCUUUUCACAUGUUACUGUGUGCACUUGGACACACUCGGGAUCCAUGGCUGGAGAUUCGGAGUGUGUAUAGGGGUUUAACACUAUCAGAUCAAAAACAGAGGCUAACCAUGAAAGACACCGGAGAUUAUUCAAGAGAACUCUGGAACAUUUAUUAUUAUGAGCACCCAAGCCUUUACUGCCCAAUCACAGACCAGUGGAAGCCCUAUAAUGUAGCUAGACUACCACCUUGCCCACACACACACACACACACACAGUAUAUACCACACACUGGAACAAACAGUAAAACUGAAACAUUGCAUCAUUACGGUAUGGUGUAAUUAAUCCAAAAGGGUCUGAAUGUGCAUUAAUCUAUUAUAUCUGUCAUAUUUAUCCAGCUGUCUGGCAAGCACAUAGCUAUUCUGAAAGCUAAAUGUUCAUAGUGUCAUUAUAAAACUUCUAAAAAAUAACUAAAUAAAUAAAAUUUAUAAUGUGUUUGUUAGAAAUGGUAUUUCAGUCAUUUUGCUGCUGCUUAUUGACUACAUGCCAUAAUCUGAAAUGUCAAUGCAAAAGCUGUAAAAAAAAAAAAAAAAACGGUUUAAAUUAAUAAUUCAUGUAUUCUUUCAUAUAUUAUUUAUGAAUGUAUUUGAUACAUUCAGUACAUCUUUACAGAGUCUACAUUUUCUUCUUCUAAUUUUCUUCUUCUUCUAAUAUUAUUAUUAUUUUUAUUUCCACAGAAACCCAUUUAAAAUGAGCUGAUGUUGAGACUCAGGGUUUUUGUCCUGAUAUGACAUGCCAUGAUCUACCAUCUGUAUUGUAUUUUCAUCUGAAUGGAAUGGUAGUUGUGCUGCUUUAUAAAUCAUAGCUGAUACAGUUGUAAAAUGGUCCAGUGUGGAACUGUUGUUUUAGGUUUUCUUUAUCAUUUUCGGUUAUUUUAGUCAUGACAUUCACACAUGAAAUUCACACCAAAAUAAACAUUGCAUAUAAAUGAAAUCA